AUGGUGCUAGACGUGAUGAAACCGCUGAAGCAUAAGCAGUUGUUGGAAUAUGAAUUGGAAGGUUUUGGGAUUCGUCUUAACAAGCAGCCGCCAAACAUCGGAUUCAAAAAGAAGGAAAAAGGAGGCAUCAAUCUCAACGCACUGGUACCUCAAAGUGAGCUCGAUUUAGAGGCGGUGAAAAGCAUCCUUUCUGAGUACAAAAUUCAUAAUGCUGAUAUUACGCUUAGGUAUGACGCAACAUCGGAGGAUCUGAUCGAUGUGAUUGAAGGAAACCGGGUUUAUAUUCCUUGCAUAUACGUUUUGAACAAGAUUGAUCAAAUAUCGAUCGAGGAGUUGGAUAUCAUUUAUCGUAUUCCGCAUUGUGUUCCGAUAUCGGCUCAUCAUAAGUGGAACUUUGACGAUUUACUGGAGAAAAUGUGGCAGUAUUUGAAUUUGAUUCGAAUCUAUACCAAGCCAAAGGGGCAAUUACCAGAUUAUUCGGCGCCGAUAGUGUUGAACGCGGAGCGAAACACGGUUGACGACUUGUGCUUGAAGAUUCACAAAUCACUGCAAAAAGAUUUCAAGAAUGCGUUGGUUUGGGGCGCGUCAGCGAAACAUAACCCACAAAGGGUCGGUAAGGAGCACGUUCUGUUUGACGAAGACGUAGUACAAAUUUUAAAGAGGUAA